UUUACAACCACAGAAAAUGAUGACAAUUCCGUAUUCUGAUAUGAUAAUGGCCUGUGCUGGACCAUUGAUGCCGAUUAAUUAAACGCUAAUCGGAAACUAAUAAAGAGAAAAGGGGGAUUAGUUUGUUAUCGGAUCUUGAACGGCGGGAAAUCUUAAAGUUGACUGAGAAACUAGAAAGCCAUAAUGACACGGCCGCCGGUCAAAUAAUUACGACAGAGACAAUUAAAACGUCAAUACCCUUUGAUUAGAGUAAGCGAGAAAGGGAUUAUGAUUGGAAAACAGCACACUAGUGAGAGAGGUGAGCACUGAGCAGUGUGGCUAAUCUAGCUGAAAAUAAUUGCCAAUCGCGGAGAAGGAUGAGCAAAGGCAAAAGGCCAAAUUUUCUGGCAAUUAAUUGCCAAUCGCGGAGAAAUUUUCGCGGCUCGUAAUUAUCAUUCAUCAUCCACACCCGUGGAUGGAGCCAUUGGGAUGGUUUUUUUGUUUUUUUGUUUUAAAUUUAAUAAUAGGAUAAAAUAGAUUGAUUUUAAUAGAUAAGUGCUUCUGAAAAUAUUCGAAUAUUAGACUUCCAGAUUCAAGAUGAGGUCAAGCCCUUAUUCGCAUGGCGCCAUUGGCAUUUGUCAAGACUUAUUACAUUGGUCACUUAUGGUAGACAUAGACUCUACUUGACACUCCUAAUAGUAUCUUCUCUCCUAUGACAUAAAGUUUCGUAGGAUAGAAAGAGGAAGAAGAACUAAAAAAACACGUACACUUGUGCCACAUUGGAGAAACGUUUGAUUGAAUUUAGGCAAGCAAGUGUUUUACGUCUACUAUAGCUAACCGAAGCAAAAGUUCAGAACAUCUUGUUGUUGUUAUCUAUAAAAGUACGAGAACGACGAUUAAUCUUUUCUUUAAUUCCCCCCCUCCCCCGACUCUCGAGUAUCUUCAAUGUAAUACAAGUGUGUUUUUAGCUCUUGUUCCCUUCAUUCUCUAUCAGGAAGUGGUUAAGAUAAAUACACGAGUCUCUAUCAACAAUUUGAAUUAUUGAUUUGUCCUUACGAUCAGUUAUUUUAUGACUCUCAAUAUUAAUCGUUGUUUUAAAACAUCUGUCGCACCGCCGGUAGAAAUUUCAAACUAACCCCCGGUUUGAUAAACUCAGCCGCGCCAAGUCACGAGCUCAAAGCAAACAACAUAAAAGUGCGAAUGCGUAUCACGCGCCGGCCGGCCAGCCGGCCGACCCACCCAACCCCCCGGCAGCCCCGCGAAAGGGGCAAGCUUAUCGUCGGCGGCGAGCCGGCGACACUGUCGCGGAAAGUUUGUAACCUUGCCUUCGCUUUUCCCCCCUCUUGUGUGGGCCGACUACGGCCCAGAAAGGCAGAAAGCAGACUACUGUACUUUGGGGCUAAUUUGGGACCAUUGUUUGAAAAGCAAGGCGCAUGGGGUUCCAGUUUUAUUCCACCACAGCCUUGUUGCCCACUUGGCCUGAACCUACAACAGGUUCGUGUCUUCGACGAUGAAGAAGAAGAAGAUCCAGUGGAGCCUACUGAAUGCCUACAGUUCAUAAAUUAAAUCCCAGGAAGAAGCAAAUCAGAGAGAGAGAGAGAGAGAGAGGGAAGAUAGAUGUGGAUGAAAAUGGUAUCAGAACUAGAUCCUGUUUCUGUAACAGAAGAAUAAACCCCAGAUUGGUUUAUUAUUAGCUGAUUGAGAAUCAGAAUCGGAAUCGAACCUAACUGGAAAAGAAAAUUACAAAUUAGUACAGAUUGAUUAGGUGACUACCAAUUUGGACCCAUAUAGGUUGGGACCAUUGAACACACCUUUUACCUCAAGCUGGUGAUUUCUUUUGUUUCCAUAUGCCUCGGGCUCGUUAUUCAUACAAUGAUGGUUUCUUUAUUUGUAUGUACAACCCCCCAUUAUCACGCACAGGAGCAAAUGUACCAUAUAUGUAGACUAUAGUAGGGGGUAAAGAAACGAGCGUUAGGUCGAAAUCAGUCCGCUUUCAUGAGUUUAUCAAGUAUUCAUAGGUUGGUAUAUCGUUAUAUCUACGUAUUGGGUUGUGCUAAAACGAAAUUCAAAUUGUGGUCCACAUACGAAACUGAAUCCGAUCACAUUCAACGACAGUUUGCCUUGGAUUGUGAACAAAAUUUUUGUGUGUAUUGGCUCGAUUCCCCCCCCCCCCCAACUUCCAAACUGAGGCGGCGUCUGCAGACAGAGAUUGGCCCGGAAGUAGUACGCAUUAGCCCUCCUCCUCACAUUUUCUUCGAAUGGUCGGUUUUCAAAACCACCACCAGAACGAUAUUGAAAAGCAACAGAUAACUAACUUCCUCGGUACGGAAAUAGCAAGCCGCGGUGUGCAACACUUUUUCAACCUCGAUUCAUCUCAGUUCGAUCGAUUUCAUAUUUUCCAAACAGUAUUGCUACAAUGUUAACGUUAAAUUUUGUAAAGUGUGUUGUUGAUGUGACUUGAAUCGGACUAUCAGCCGCUACGACUGGUAAUCGAUUGAAUUAGGUUUAGACCCACAUGGAGAAGUACUAUAAAUACUUCUCAUACUCCUCUGUAAUCUGUAAUCUCCUCGAUAUAGUGAAACUGGCUCUCUCUCUCCCGUGGACGUAGCCAACACACAUCGUGUUAGUGAACCACGUAAAUCGUGUGUCUGUGUUUUUCGAUUCUCGCUUUCGUAUUCUUGUUUUAUCGAUUCUGGCGAUUUCCCGAUCCGUAACAGCGCGUUUAUAACAUGUGUCACGAAACAACUUAUUAUAAUAUGUUCUAUGGGAGACAAGAAUGGAUUCUCCAAUGAUUAGAUCAAGUCUCCCAUUUUUUUUUCUACCCCUACCACCACCGUAUUCACGCAUCUACUCAUACUCUACUAAAGUCACAAGAGCAAUAGUAGUGGGUGUUGGUUGUCCAAGCAAGGCCAAAGUACCAAUCAAUUAAGUUUGCAACUUGGAGCCACGAGUGAAGACUUUCAUGGUCCUUCUCUGGUUUCCCCCACAGAAGAAGUAUUAGAUAAAGUCUCAACCAACGAAUGUACGAUUACCCUACUUCUUCUGCUGCUGCUGCUGCUCGCUAGCUUACAGGCUACAACUGAGACAAUCAAAACCUGGAAAAAAGGACAUGGAAAAGAUGGAGGAAGUCGUGGAGAUAAUAGAGCUAGAGCUCAUAUUUAAAUGCAUGUGGGGGCAACCGGCAGGUGGGAAAACUAUUGAAGGAUGGCCGCCGGCCGGCGACUCACUUUACUGCUACAGAAUGGGCAUCAACGACUUCAUUUGUGAAGCGGGUUUAUGAGUAGAGAGACAAAAGAAUAUACAGCCAAAAAAAAGGGGGGGAAAUCUUUCGGCUGUUAUAUGUGUGUGAUCAGCUUGGUUUGGGCGGUUACGAUAUGCAGCUUUUUUAUAAUUGAGAAUUAGAAUUUGGAAAAUAUUGAUUUGGGGGGGCCUGGGGAGGUUUCUGUUGAAGGAAAAAAAUGGAACGCUAUUAAAUUAUCAAAUUGAGG